AUGGACUGUAACUGCGUCUCUGAUCUGCUCCUCACCUCACCAGUUCCAGCUCUGUGGACUCCAGGUUUCGCCUUCCCCGACUGGGCCUACAAACCCGAAUCAAGUCCCGGCUCGCGGCAAAUCCAGCUGUGGCAUUUCAUCUUGGAGCUUCUGCAGAAAGAGGAGUACCAGAACGUCAUCGCUUGGCAGGGGGACUACGGGGAAUUUGUCAUCAAGGAUCCGGACGAAGUGGCCCGGCUCUGGGGCAUUCGUAAAUGCAAGCCCCAUAUGAACUAUGACAAGCUGAGCAGAGCGCUAAGGUAUUACUACAACAAGCGGAUCUUGCACAAGACGAAAGGCAAACGCUUCACCUACAAAUUCAACUUCAGCAAAGUGGUUUUGGUCAAUUAUCCACUUCUGGACAUGGCUGCCAACUCCUCAUUUCUGCUGGCCCAGAACCCCUUCAACGGGAGCAACCAUGGGCCAGAUUGUGCCCCACUCACCCCCGAGACCCUGCAAACUCUCUUCUCCAAUCCGCGCCUGGGGGACGCCACCACCCGCGCCCCACUCUUCGAACGUCAAUCCGAGACGGAAAAGCUGCGCUUGGAUGCGGCCUUCCCUUUCCUGGGAUCCGGUGUCACUGGAUACACGAAACCUCCCAGCCUGUUGCCCCCUUAUGGCAGGAAUGCAGCUUUCCCCGAUUACCCCUGGAAUUUCAACCCUUACCUUACCAGCACCUUCCCCCUGAACAGCUCCAAACUCCCAGCUUCUCUCUAUUCCCCCCACUUCUACCCCAACCCCCUCUCCAGCUCGCUGGCCCAACUGCCCACCCCCCUCUCCCUCCUGCCUGGGGACAGCACUGAGCGGGCUGGGGCGGUGGGGGCCAGCGCUGUCCCCCGCCUUUCCUUGCCCCCCCACAGCACACCCCUGCCCCUGCGGGUGGACACCAACGGGGCAAGCAACCGUGAGAAGGAGCUGCUGGGCGGCAGGGCACAGAGCCCCCUAGGGGGGCGAGGGACCAAAGAGGACCCUGGCUCAGAUUCCGAGCUGGAAAUCACCGACCUGAGCGAGUGCAGCUCAGAGAACGAAGGCUGCGAUUUCAGCCCUGACAGCUUGGAGGCGCUGGAGAGCCAAGUGAGGCUGGAGACAGAGCGCAUGGCAGGAGCUCCACGGAGCCCAGCGGAGGUUAGCCUGGCUCCUGCCAAGGAAGGGAAGGGGCUGUUACGGAGCUGA